AUGACGGGUGACCCUUGCCCUGAGCCUCACCAGCGAAAAGAGAAUUCAACCCGGCAACGUAUAGGAAGCACGGAUCAAACCUCUCGAACCGACAAUGACAUGGAACCACGGCUUAAACAUGGGAUCCCAAUGCAAGUGCUUCGAUCCCUCUUGCUUGCAACAUGGUUCAACUGCUGUUGUGUCGCCAUCCUAGUGACUCAGGUGCUCGGUGCUCCUCUCUACCUAAUAAGCAAGGAUUAUUAUUAUGCAUACAUGGCAUACACGAAGCAGUCCUUCGGGCUGGUCAUCACAGCUCUUACACAAUGGGGCUGUCCGACAUUUGUUCGAGUUAGUGGCGAUAAGAGUGUGCAAGGCCAAAUUCACCUGACAGAAGAUGGCCGGUUGAAAACUGAAUUUCCGGAGCGCUUGGUUUUGAUUGCUAAUCACCAGGUUUAUACCGAUUGGAUUUACUUGUGGUGGGUCGCGUAUACGAACAUUAUGCAUGGCCGCAUUUUCAUCAUCCUCAAAGAGUCUCUCAAGUACAUCCCAAUUGUCGGUCAAGGUAUGACAUUCUACGGCUUUAUUUUCAUGGCUCGCAAAUGGCUAUCCGACAAACCCCGGCUACAGCAUCGCUUGGAGAAGUUGAAAACCCGACAUUCAGGCUCCAAGUCAGAAUCGUCUGAAUACGACCCCAUGUGGCUGUUAAUCUUUCCUGAAGGGACGAAUUUGUCAAUAAAUACUAAGAGGCGUAGUGACGAGUAUGGCCAAAAGCAAGGGUUUCCACCUCUAAGGCACGAAGUUCUCCCGCGGUCGACCGGCCUUUUUUUUUGCCUACAACAAUUGAGGGGCACGGUUGAUUGGGUGUACGACUGCACCGUAGCCUACGAAGGACCUCCGUAA